CUCCCUCGCCGGACAGACGGACGUGGUGAAGGAGCUCGUCAACCACGGCGCCAACGUCAACGCACAGUCUCAGAAUGGCUUCACUCCGCUGUACAUGGCGGCGCAGGAGAAUCACCUGGACGUGGUGCAGUUCUUAUUGGACAACGGCUCCAGUCAAAGCAUCGCCACUGAGGACGGCUUCACCCCGCUGGCGGUGGCGCUGCAGCAGGGCCACGACCAGGUGGUGUCGCUGCUCCUGGAGAACGACACCAAAGGCAAAGUGCGACUGCCGGCGCUGCACAUCGCCGCCAGGAAGGACGACACCAAGGCGGCGGCGCUGCUGCUGCAGAACGACCACAACGCCGACGUGGAGUCCAAGAUGAUGGUGAAUAGAACAACAGAGAGCGGCUUCACUCCGCUGCACAUCGCCGCUCACUACGGGAACAUCAACGUGGCCACGCUGCUGCUCAACAGAGGCGCCGCCGUGGACUUCAAGGCCAGGAACGACAUCACUCCGCUGCACGUGGCGUCCAAACGCGGGAACAGCAACAUGGUGCGGCUGCUGCUGGAGAGAGGAGCCAAGAUCGACGCUCGCACAAAAGACGGCCUGACUCCUCUGCACUGUGGAGCUCGGAGUGGCCACGAGCAGGUGGUGGAGAUGCUGCUGGACCGAGGAGCUCCGAUACUGUCCAAGACCAAGAACGGUCUGUCUCCCCUCCACAUGGCGACGCAGGGCGACCACCUGAACUGCGUCCAGCUGCUGCUUCACCACGAGGUUCCCGUGGACGACGUGACCAACGACUACCUGACGGCGCUGCACGUCGCCGCCCACUGCGGACACUACAAGGUGGCCAAGGUCAUCGUGGACAAGAAGGCCAAUCCCAACGCCAAGGCGCUGAAUGGUUUCACUCCGCUGCACAUCGCCUGCAAGAAAAACCGAGUCAAGGUGAUGGAGCUGCUUCUGAAGCAUGGAGCGUCUAUACAGGCAGUCACAGAGUCCGGUCUGACGCCGAUCCACGUCGCAGCGUUUAUGGGCCACGACAACAUCGUCCACCAGCUAAUCAAUCACGGAGCUUCACCGAACACAAGCAAUGUGAGGGGGGAGACGGCGCUCCACAUGGCAGCGAGGGCGGGACAGUCCAACGUGGUCCGAUAUCUGGUCCAGAACGGAGCUCGGGUCGAUGCCAAGGCCAAGGACGACCAGACUCCGCUGCACAUCUCCAGCCGUCUCGGUAAACCCGACAUCGUGCACCAGCUGCUGGCUAACGGAGCGUAUCCGGACGCCACCACCAGCUCCGGAUACACUCCGUUACACCUGGCGGCUCGCGAGGGGCACCGAGACAUCGCUGCUGCGCUGCUGGACCAAGGAGCCAGUCUGGGCAUCACGACCAAGAAGGGCUUCACUCCUUUGCAUGUUGCAGCAAAAUACGGGAAGCUGGAAGUCGCCAACCUGCUGCUGCAGAAGAACGCUCCGCCUGAUGCUGCCGGGAAGAGUGGACUAACUCCACUGCACGUGGCGGCGCACUACGAUAACCAGAAGGUGGCGCUGCUGCUGCUCAACCAGGGAGCCUCGCCGCACGCCGCCGCCAAGAACGGUUACACGCCGCUGCACAUCGCGGCCAAGAAGAACCAGAUGGAGAUCACGACCACGCUGCUGGAGUACGGCGCCUCCACCAACACGGUGACCCGGCAGGGCAUCACGCCGCUGCACCUGGCGGCGCAGGAGGGCAACGUGGACAUCGUGACGCUGCUGCUGGCCCGAGACGCUCCCAUCAACACGGGCAACAAGUCUGGUCUGACUCCGCUCCACUUGGCUGCCCAGGAGGAUAAAGUCAACGUCGCCGAGGUUUUAGUCAACCAGGGAGCAACUAUCGACCCCGAGACCAAGCUGGGAUACACUCCUCUCCAUGUGGCCUGUCACUAUGGCAACGUGAAGAUGGUCAACUUCCUGCUGAAGAACCAGGCGAAGGUCAACAGCAAGACCAAGAACGGCUACACGCCUCUGCAUCAGGCGGCGCAGCAGGGACACACUCACAUCAUCAACCUGCUGCUGCAUCACGGAGCGUCGCCCAACGAGCUCACCGCUAACGGGAACAGCGCUCUGUCCAUCGCCCGGCGGCUCGGCUACAUCUCCGUAGUCGACACUCUGAAGGUGGUAACAGAGGAAACUCUGACCACUCAGACGGUGAUCGAGAAGCACAAGAUGAACGUCCCGGAGACCAUGAACGAGGUGCUGGACAUGUCCGACGACGAAGUCCGUAGAGCCAAUGCUCCCGAAAUGAUCACUGAGGACUAUUUUUCUGAUGUGGAAGAAGAGAUGGAUGUUGGAAACAUCUGCAUCAGCUACUCCUGUGACGAUGCGAUGACGGGGGACACGGACAAGUACUUGGCCCCCCAGGACCUGAGGGAGCUGGGGGACGACUCGCUGCCUCAGGAGGGCUACAUGGGCUUCAGCGUGGGAGCUCGAUCUCAGAGCCUGCGUUCCUUCAGUUCUGAUAGGUCCAACACGCUGAACCGGAGCUCCUUCACGCGCGACAGCAUGAUGAUCGAGGAGAUCCUGGCGCCCACCAAGGAGAUGCAUUUGAUGGUGGCGAAGGACUUUGACAGCGACUCUCUGAGGAGGUACAGCUGGACGGCGGACGCUCUGGAUAACGUCAACCUCGUCUCGUCGCCGAUACACUCCGGGUUCCUGGUCAGCUUCAUGGUCGACGCCAGAGGCGGCUCGAUGAGGGGCAGCCGCCACAACGGCAUGCGCAUCAUCAUCCCGCCCAGGAAGUGCACGGCGCCCACCAGGAUCACCUGCCGCCUGGUGAAGAGGCACAAGGUGGCGACACCUCCUCCGAUGGUGGAGGGCGAAGGCCUGGCGAGCCGGCUGGUGGAGGUCGGCCCGGCGGGAGCGCAGUUCCUCGGGCCCGUCAUCGUGGAGAUCCCGCACUUCGGCUCGAUGCGAGGCCACGAGAGGGAGCUGAUCCUGCUGCGCAGCGACAACGGAGAAAACUGGAAGGAGCAUCUGUACGACUGCAAGACCGACGACCUCAACCAGCUGCUCAACGGCAUGGACGAAGAGCUGGACAGUCCCGAGGAGCUGGAGAGGAAGCGAAUUUGCCGCAUCAUCACCAAGGACUUCCCGCAGUACUUCGCCGUGGUGUCCCGGAUCAGACAGGAGACCAAUCAGAUGGGACCGGAGGGCGGGACUCUGUGCAGCCGCAGCGUCCCGUUGGUCCAGGCCUCCUUCCCGGAGGGGGCGCUGACCAAGAAGAUCAAGGUCGGACUGCAGGCCCAGCCGGUGCCCGACGACACGGUGAAGAAGAUCCUCGGUAACCGGGCCACCUUCAGCCCCAUCGUCACCGUGGAGCCCCGCAGGAGGAAGUUCCACAAACCCAUCACCAUGACGAUCCCGGUGCCGCCACUGUCGGGGGAGGGGCUUAGCAACGGCUACAAGGGCGACUGCACUCCCUGCCUCCGCCUCCUCUGCAGCAUCACCGGUGGAACGUCUCCGGCUCAGUGGGAGGACAUCACAGGAACGACUCCUCUGACGUUCGUCAACGACUGCGUCUCCUUCACCACCAACGUCUCUGCCAGGUUCUGGCUGGCCGACUGCCAUCAGAUCCCGGAGACGGUGGGUUUGGCCACUCAGCUGUACCGGGAGCUCAUCUGCGUCCCGUACAUGGCCAAGUUCGUGGUGUUCGCCAAGAUGAACGACCCGGUGGAGUCGAGGCUGCGCUGCUUCUGCAUGACGGACGACAAGGUGGACAAGACUCUGGAGCAGCAGGAGAACUUCGAGGAAGUGGCUCGGAGCAAAGACAUCGAGGUUCUGGAGGGCCGGCCCAUCUUUGUGGACUGCUACGGGAACCUGGCUCCUCUGACCAAAGCCGGUCAGCAGUUAGUUCUGAACUUCUACGCCUUCAAGGAGAACCGUUUGCCCUUCUGCGUUAAGGUCAGAGAUCCCAGUCAGGAGCCCUGCGGUCGCCUCACUUUCCUCAAAGAGUGCAAAACCAUCAAAGGCCUCCCUCAGACGGCCGUGUGCAACCUGAACAUCACGCUUCCCGCCGUGAAGAAGGAUAUGGAGUCAGAUGCCGAGGACGAGACUGAAAAGCCAGAGCGACGUCAUACCUUUGCAUCCCUAGCCUUACGUAAGCGCUACAGCUAUCUGGCCGAGCCUGCACUGAGCCCUCAGAGUCCCUGCGAGAGAACAGACCUCCGCAUGGCGAUAGUAGCCGACCACCUCGGACUCAGCUGGACUGAGCUGGCCAGGGAGCUGGAUUUCUCUGUGGAAGAGAUCAACUUCAUCCGAGUGGAGAACCCCAAUUCCCUGACAGCACAGAGCUUCAUGCUCCUAAAGAAAUGGGUGCACAGGGACGGUAAAAAUGCCACAACGGACGCUUUAACCGCGGUGCUGACUAAGAUCAAUCGGUUGGAUAUUGUGACUUUGCUGGAAGGGCCCAUAUUUGACUACGGUAACAUUUCAGGCACACGCUGCUUUGCCGAUGAUAACGCAGUAUUCCCGGAUCAGUCCGAUGGUAAAGUGUAG